GGGCGGCGGGGCGGUGCCGCGGCGUGCGGCGCAGGAGGAGGCCCUCCUGGCGGCGGAGGCGGCGGCCGAACGCACCCUCAACUUUGCCAUGGCCGCGGACCUCCGAAGGCGGCGCCUGGACCUGUGGGUGAGGUCGUGGGCCGAGGACCUGCAGGCCUUCGAGGCCGUCUUCCGGGCCGCGGAGGCCUCCGGCCUGGCGCCCCCCGCGGAGGGUCGGGGCCCCGGGAUGCCGGGGACUUCCCAAGCCCUCGGGAGGGCGCGGGCUUCCUCGACAUCUCCUCCAUGGCGGCCGUGUACAGGGCGUGCCCCACCUGGCUGCGCGGCUGGGAGUGGCACGACCUGUACAUGAAACGCGUCGUCAACUUCAGCGUUUGGAAGCUGAAGGAGGUUGUCGGGGACCGCGCGGAGCUCGCGUCGAAGCGGCGGGGCACCCUCCAUCUCGCCGUCGUCCUGUCGCGCAGGCUGCUCGGCAUGUGCGGCCGCGAGAUGUGGCAGCUUCUCGACGAUCGUCAUCUGGGGAC